GAACCGGUUCUCGGGUUCUGACCGCGUGUACUUCCCCCUACGGCAGGGGGCCUGAGGGCCUGCUGCUGUCAGGCAGGCAGCUCGGCGAUUGGUUGGAAGCAGGGCAGUAAUCCGAACUGCCUUUUGUACUUGCCUAAUCAGGGCAGCCGUUUGAUUGCAGGUUGCGAGCAGAGGUGCCUGUGUGUGUCAGACACCUGUGUCUUAGCUCGCGCCUUCCUGCGGCUGGCUCCGUGGAUUCUUUCCGGGUGGGAACCGUGCCUCUAGGACCCCUCCCCAAGCCUCUGAGCCCCUCGGUGGGCCAGCUUGGCCCAGUGUCACGUUGGACAGAGAGAGCCCACGGAUAACAGGACAAUGGAAAUGCCCGCGUAGACUUCCUUAUGGUCUACAGGUCAGAUCUGGCAGGAUGUAAUGACUCUGCCUGUCUGCAAUGAGUGGCAUCUGGAUAGCUCAGGAGAGCUAGCAACCCCACCAGCCUGUCCUGGGAGUGACAGGGAGCUGGACACCUAUGAGGCUGUCUUCUUGGGGUGGGCAAAGACAGCUGUUCCAAGCCUGUCAGCGGAGCCUAUUACUGCAAACUGGUGAUGAGGCAAGAUGGCUGGGAGGUGCUCUCGCAUGGGGGAGUUCUGUUGUUUUUAUAACCAGUGCCAACUCUGAGUGGAUGAGAUGUGUGUGCAGAUCCAGGCACCUCUGACUUCUUCAGCCCAGAGCGCCACACCCCUGACCCUCUGCGCAGGAAAGCCACAUGGUCAGGAGUUAAGCUUCGGCUGAAGCACAGGGAGGUUAGUCUAGAGCUGUUUGGGUGGACUCUGUCAUCUGUUACAAUGCUGUGCACUAAGCACAUGAUGGAUGGGCAGGCGCAGUGAACCUGCAUGCCGACCUCACUCUUGGCAUUCAACCAAAUUUGGGGAGAUCCAAACCGAUGCCAGCAUGAUGCAAAUAUCUCAGGGCACAAUUGGCACCCCUUGGCCCCAAAGCUACCAUUCCAGCUCCUCUACAAGUGACCUCUCCAACUAUGACCAUGCUUACCUGAGGCAGAGCCCUGACCAGUGCAGCUCCCAGGGAAGCAUGGAGAGCCUGGAGCCCACUGGGGGCUACCCACCCUGCCAUCUUUCCCCUGCCAAGUCCAGCAGCAGCAUUGACCAGCUCAGCCACCUCCACAGCAAGAGAGAUUCAGCUUACAGCUCCUUCUCCACCAGCUCUAGCAUCCUGGAGUAUCCACCCCCAGGCAUCCCUGGCCGGGAGCGAUCAAGCUCCCUGGACACCACUUCUCGAGGUGGCCUCCUAGAAGGGAUGAGGCAGGCAGACAUUCACUAUGUCAAGACAGUCUAUGAUUCUCAGAGGGGCGUCUCAGCAGAGUACGAGGUGAACUCUUCAGCCCUGCUUCUCCAAGGUAGGGAGGCCCGAGCAUCAGCAGAUGAUCAGGGCUAUGAGAAACGGCAUAAUGUUCCUCGGUACAAGGGAGCACCAGCCCCACUGUGGAGUCGGCAGGGUUCCGGUGCCUUGGGGAUUGUCACUUACCACUCGCCUGCUAAAGUCAAUGCGCCCCUGCCCCCAGCUCGGAGUGAUAGCUAUGCAGCAUUUCGACACCGAGAGCGGCCAAACUCUUGGUCUAGCCUUGAUCAAAAACGGUUCUGCCGGCCUCAAGCAAACUCUGCAGCCUCCCUGAAAUCUCCCUUCGUAGAGGAACAGCUGCAUACUGUACCAGAGAAGAGUCCAGAGAAUAGCCCCCCAGUGAAGCCCAAGCAUAAUUACACCCAGAAGCCUCAGCCUGGACAACCUCUGCUGCCCACUGGCAUCUACUCAGUACCUUCCCUGGAGCCACACUUUGCCCAGGUGCCCCAGCCCUCCAUGGGUAGCAAUGGCACGCUGUACCCUGCCCUGGCCAAGGAGAAUGGAUAUGCAGCUCCUCAGGGAACUUGUGACAAGAUGGCUGCUCUUGAUGAGAAUGGGAACCAAAAUGGAUCUAGCAGGCCUGGGUUUGCCUUCUACCAGCCUCUAGAACAUGACUCAGUGUCCCCAAUAGAAAGGAAACCUGAAACUUCAGCCAGAUGUGCUCCCCACAAAGUCUGUUUCCCAUCAGUGCCUGAAAACGAGGAUAUCUCCCUGAAGAGACAUCUCACAACUCUCCAGGGCAGCAGUCCACAUGCCAGUGAGAGACCAAACACCCAUAGCAACAGACCAUAUUCCGAUUACCACAGCCUCCAAUCCCCUCAGGCUCAGGCCUGGCAGGUGGGUGAGGACAAGAGAUCUUCCAGGCCCUCAGAGCCUCGGGACAGUGAUUUCUACCAAGACCACAACGCCAACCUCCGGCAGAGGCUGGAGAGAGAAGCCCUAGGCCAGAGCCUGUCAAGCAACUUUGGCAGGACCAAAUCAGCCUUCUCUUCUCUCCAGAACAUUCCUGAGAGUCUAAGAAGGCAAAACAGCCUGGAGCUAGGAGAGGGGGCAGAGGAGGGCUCCCUGGAUGGCCUGCUCACCUAUGCAGUCAACACCAAGGCAGAGGACUCUGGAAAGCAAGCUGUUCCUGAUCACAGGAGCCAUCUGGACAGGCCAGUUUCCUACCCAAGGCCUGAGGGGAGAACCAGUGCCUCCGCCUCUUUACACAGUACAGACCCACGGUAUGAGGAGCCGCCCUCCCCACCCCACCAGCAGGCAACCAGUCUGAGCCGGAGGAGGCUCAGCUCAGGCUGUGCUCUAGUUCUGCAGGGCUUUCAGUACGGGAAGCCUCACUGCUCCGUGCUGGAGAAGGUUUCCAAGAUUGAGCAGCGAGAGCAGGGCAACCAAACACCCCCGAGUGUGGGUAGCUCCAGUUAUGGCCAUAGCUACAGGGCCAGCAAGACGGCCCCAACUUCCAAUACUUUGGGGAAUGACUUGGAGGAGACAACAACCAAUAUCCGUUUUUCUGAGUCCACUGAACCCCUAGGCAAUGGGGAGCAGCACUUCAAAAGCAGGGAGCCAAAGCUGGAAGAGGUUUGCUGGCAACCAUGUGGUCAACAGCUGAGGAGGGGUACAGACGUUGGCCGAGGACCCCCACCCCGAGGCAGUGAGCCCCCAAGGCGGGACACUCACCUGCUCCGCAGCCAGAGCACCUUCCAGCUCUUCAGCGAGGCCGAGGAGGAGGCCAUGUGGCAGGACGACAGGCCCGGCACGCCGGAAUCGCCCGUGCUGGAUGCCCCCUUCAGCCGCGCCUACCGGAACAGCAUCAAGGAUGCGCAGUGCCGCGUCCUGGGGGCCACCUCCUUUCGUCGCCGGGACCUUGAGCUGGGGGCGCCCGCUGCCUCGAGGCCCCGGCAGCCGCGGCCCACCUCAGCCCAGGGGGGGCUGCGGAGCCCGGAGGCACUAGCCGCCGCCUCCCCGCACACCCCACGUGAGCGGCACAGUGUGACCCCCGCCGAGGAAGACCCGGCCCGACCCGCGCUCCCUGCCGCGCGGAGAGGUCCGCGCCGGCGCCUGACCCCCGAGCAGAAGAAGCGCUCCUACUCAGAGCCGGAGAAGAUGAACGAGGUGGGCGUCUCGGAGGAGGGCGCACCGGCACCCACGAGCCCGCAGAGGAAGGGGCUGCAUUUCCCGGAGAACACAGUGGCCGACCGGCGCCGCAUCUUCGAGCGCGAAGGCAAGGCCUGUUCCACGCUCAGCCUGUCGGGGCCCGAGCUGAAGCAGUUCCAGCAGAGCGCCCUGGCCGACUACGUUCAGCGCAAGACGGGCAGGCGGCCCUCCUCUGCCACAGGCUGCGGCCUCCCGGAGCCUGGGCGUGCCCAGGGCACCUCCCUCCAGGCCAACCCCAUGCUUCCCGGAGGCCCCCGCCUCGCCUCGGCCUCCAGCCUCUGCUCGCUGUGGGAGCCGAGCCUGCAGCCCCGCAGGGAGGCCGCCAUGCUUCUGGUCCCAGCCGGGGGUGAGGAGGAGCCCCCGCGGGCCCCCAGAGAUCGCAGCAGCUCCUUUGCCGGCGGCCGCCACCUCAGAGAAUGGCGACGUGGGGGACAAGCUCCAAAGGAGGUGCUCAGCGGAGCAAGCUGCGGGCUGAAGGGCACUCCGAGAGUGGACAGGACACCUGGGGAGCCUUCCUCGGGGGGUGCCGCGGCCAGGAGGGCCGGGAAGUCUAUGUCAGCUGAGGACCUUCUGGAACGCUCGGACGUCCUGGCCGUCCCUGUCCACAUGAGAUCACGUUCAUCUCCUGUCGCAGACAAGAAGUGCCAGGAUGUGCUUUUGGGGAACAGCAGUGGACUUGGUCUUGUGAGGGAUCCAUGUUAUUUGGCUGGCCCUGGAUCCAGGUCACUCAGUUGUUGCGAAAGAGGCCGUGAAGAGAUGCCAUGGCUCAAACAUCAUCCAAGCCCCCGCUGGGGUAGUUCAGGCUGCAGAGCAGUUGGCAGUGCCCUAGUUCCCAGUGAAUGCCCCGGACCCCUGGGCCGUCAGAGGCAGGCCGGAGGAACACCUGGCCCCAGGCCACUGCCCACAGGGACGCAAGGGCACCUCCCGGACACCAGGGCUGUGCCACUGACCCCACUCAGCUGGGCUCUGCUUUCCCCUGUUCCCGCACAGGCCACGGCUGAUCAGCAGCCUGGAAGGGACAGUCAGGCGGAGCAGCAGGCCCUGCCCUCCUCCACCCCGGUCGCAGCCCUCAGAAUCAGUGAUCACAGCCUGGCCCAGCCUCUCAGUCCAAGAGGCCAUGAACCACACAGCCCAGAGCGUGGGAUAGAAGAGGGAACGAGGAAGCGGGUCCCGCUGCCGCAGCGGCCUCCCGCACCUCGGGUGAGGUGGGCCCACACAGUCCCAGAGGACAGCCUCCCCUGGGAAUCCUCGUCGCCUGAGUUCACAAACCUGAAGCACUACGGAAAGCAGCAGACCCCUCCAAGCUCAAGCAGCACUCCCGUCGCAGACCUGCCUCCUGGGGACCCAAGCACUCCAGGGAAGAUCUCCCUCCAAGGGUCUGAGUCGGUGCUGCUGGCCUCCCCGCCAUGCCAGGAGGACGAUGAUGAUGAGGUGUUCGUGAAGGACCUGUGCCCCGAUGUCACUUCCAGCCCCACAUUUGAAGAUCUUCCCCUACCCCCGCCGCCUCUGCCGAGCCUGGAGACCCCUGUGAGCAGCUUGGACGACUUUCCUCCACCUCCUCCCCAGGCUGUGUUUGAGGCACAGCUAGACAGUGAGGAUUACGGGGAGCCCCCAGCCAGCUCCAGCAAAUUUGCCAAGGUGACAGUUGCCAAGGAAAGGUCCGUGCGGGGUCCAGCCCAUUUGGUUGGUGGUCAGAUACUGGCUUCCACAUCCCAGACUCCAGUCCAGGGGCCAGAGGCCGGUGAGACCACCCCACCCCGCACCACGUGGGCAGCGCCCCAGCUUGCUGGGUCUCUUGGCAAGCAGCCGAGCCUAUGGCAACCACCUCCCGUCCAAACCCAGAGCCUCAUCCCAGCCCCAGUCAGUGGGACUCAAGGUUUAGAAAAAAAAGUCAGUUCUGGUCCUCAGAAGACCUCAGAAGACAGCAGAACAGAGGCUCUGGCCAAGGAAAUUGUCCACCAAGACAAAUCUCUGGCAGACAUUUUGGAUCCAGACUCCAGAAUGAAGACAACCAUGGACCUGAUGGAAGGUUUAUUUCCCCGAGAUGUUGACUUGCUGAAGGAAGACGACAUGAAGAGGAAGGCCACACAGAGAACUGUCAACUGCCCAGAAUGUGAAGGCAAGAGGAGUGAAGAGAAUGAAGCCAUGGGCAUGUGGGUCAACUGCCCUGCCUACUACAAUGUGUCUGCUCCCAAGGCUGAACUUCUAAACAAACUCAAAGAUAUGCCAGAAGAGGUGAAUGAGGAAGAGGAGCAGGCAGAUGUCAAUGAAAAGAAGGCUGAGCUCAUUCGAAGCCUCACCCACAAGCUUGCAACCCUCCAGGAAGCGAAGGGGAGUCUGCUGAUGGACAUCAAGCUCAAUAAUGCCUUGGGGGAAGAGGUGGAGGCCUUGAUCAGUGAGAUCUGCAAGCCCAAUGAGUUUGACAAGUAUAAGAUGUUCAUCGGGGACUUGGACAAGGUGGUAAACCUGCUGCUGUCACUCUCAGGGCGCCUGGCCCGCGUGGAGAACGUCCUUAGUGGCCUUGGUGAGGAUGCCAGUAAUGAAGAAAGGAGCUCUCUCAGUGAGAAGAGGAAGGUCCUGGCGGGGCAGCAUGAGGACGCCCGGGAGCUCAAGGAGAACCUGGAUCGAAGGGAACGCGUGGUGUUGGACAUCUUGGCCAAUUACCUCUCAGAGGAGCAACUCCAGGAUUACCAGCAUUUUGUGAAAAUGAAGUCAACACUCCUCAUUGAGCAGCGAAAGCUGGACGACAAGAUCAAACUGGGCCAGGAGCAAGUCAAGUGUCUGCUGGAGAGUCUGCCCUUGGAUUUCAUUCCCAAGGCGGGAGCCCUGGCCCUGCCCGCAGACCUCACCACUGAAAUGACUCCUGUUGGGGGAAGUACUUUCAGUGGUAUUUUCCCAACCUUAACCUCUCCACUUUAACCUCUUCUAAAACACCCAACCAAAAGACCACCCUUUUUCUCAACACUAUUUAAUCUGAAAAAUGUUUCAGUACAAACCACGGUUUAAACUAUAUGGGUAAUUGGGGUUUUUCUGGAUAAAAAGGAAAAAAUUAUAUCCAGAAAAAAGCCUGUUUUUUUCCUUCUUGCCCUUCAUGAUUGACUGAGAGCUUGAAUGCUGCUGGGAACUUACCCCUUUCUAUUAUUACUUUGUAGUAGAAAGAAAAUUAAUGAAACUGUGAGAACUGAUUAGAGGGUGUUUGAUUGUGUAGUUUUUAACAGGCUGAGGCAACAGAGAACAGUGUGUGUUCCCCUCGGGAGUGUGUCCACAGGGGCUUUCCGUGCUUGUGGGCAGGGUAUCCUGACGACCGGUAUGAGUAAUCAUUAAUAAAGGGCCUGCAACAUAAAGCCUUAAAAAGAAACACAGAAGAAAAUUGUUAAACCUUGAAUGUUGUUAUUUAUAUUUUUUUUAAUGAAAAAGAUCACUAUGUUUGUGUGCUAACCAGUUAUUUGAUUCUAUUUUGUGGACCUAGACAAUUAUGUUUGUGGUUUGUGUUUUGUGAAAAUCUUAAUGAAAUGAAGAAUUCCAAAGAUAGGCAUAUUGAGCGUGGAGACUUGUUUUUUCUUAAAUCCUUGGCUUGUCUGUCUUAUUUUUACAAAUAGGAGUGACCUUGGCAUCCCCGAUCCCACUGCUGCCCAUCCUCACCACUCUACUCCUGCAACAAACAGGAAAACGUACACCUUCCCCAGGAAGGCGGCUUUAUGCAGCAUGGCUACAUGUCAUUAUCACUGUGGUGGUGAGCUAGAAGCUGUAUUUUACUAACAAGGACGACAAACUCUCCAACCUGUAUGACAAGAGAGUCAGACCCCAACCCAAUUCAAAACUGAAUUCAUGCUCUCCUGUACCAGAUUUGGGCUAAAUAUAAUUUAUGUAGUAAGGUAUAUUAGCAGGCUAUUUGUUUCAACAGUGCUUUUUAAAGUUUUUCCUAAAAUGUCAAACCUGUCAGCCACCAUUAAAAACACCCUCCUUAACA